GUCUGCCCGUUUCUCUUCCAAAAAAGAAAAAAAAACAGCCAGCGAAAAAAAAAAGAAAAGAAAAAAAAUUCCCAAACCCUCUCGCGAGUCGCGACCCAAAAAUCGCAGCGAAUUUAUCCAUCCACCUUGUUCGAAUCAAGAAACGAAAAAAAUCCAAUCCUCGCGACAUGUCUCCUUCCGAUCUCUCCUCGUAGAACCCAACCGGAGAAAUCCACAGCUACUCCUGUUUGGGGGAGGCGGCGGCGGCGGCGGCGGCGGCGGAGGAGGAGGAGGAGGAGGAGGAGGAGGAGGAGAUGAUUCGGCUGCAGACGUACGCGGCGUUCAGCCUGAUGGCGACGGCGACGGCGGUGUACUACGCGUUCAGCAGCCGGGAGCAGUUCUACCCGGCGAUGGUGUACCUCUCCACCUCCAAGAUCUGCUUCGUGCUGCUGCUCAACACGGGCCUCGUCGCCAUGUGCGUCGCCUGGCAGCUCGUCAAGCGGGUCUUCCUGGGGCCGCUGCGGGAGGCCGAGGUGGAGCGGCUCAACGAGCAGGCGUGGCGGGAGGUCGUGGAGAUCCUCUUCGCGGUCACCAUCUUCAGGCAGGACUUCUCGGUCACCUUCCUCGCCAUGGUCGCCGCGCUGCUGCUCGUCAAGGCGCUGCACUGGCUCGCGCACAAGAGGGUCGAGUACAUCGAGACCACGCCGUCCGUGCCGAUGCUCUCGCACGCCAGGAUCGUCUCCUUCAUGGUGUUCCUACUCGUCGUCGACUGCCUCUUCCUGUCCAACUCGCUCAGGUCGCUGAUAAACAAGCGAGAGGCGUCUGUUGCCAUCUUCUUUUCGUUUGAGUAUAUGAUACUAGCAACAUCGACAGUAUCUACAUUUGUGAAGUAUAUAUUCUAUGUCAGUGACAUGCUAAUGGAAGGUCAAUGGGAGAAAAAGGCAGUGUAUACAUUUUACUUGGAGCUGAUCAGUGACCUUGUACACUUGUCUUUGUAUAUGCUCUUCUUCAUAGCUAUCUUCCUGAACUAUGGUGUCCCACUGCACUUGAUACGUGAGCUGUAUGAGACAUUCCGCAACUUCAGAAUCCGUAUUGCAGAUUAUGUGCGCUACAGAAAGAUAACUUCCAACAUGAAUGAAAGAUUUCCAGAUGCCACAGCAGAUGAGCUCAAUGCGAGCGAUGCUACAUGUAUCAUUUGCCGUGAGGAGAUGACCACAGCAAAGAAGCUGCUUUGUGGACACCUGUUCCAUGUGCAUUGUUUGAGGUCGUGGUUAGAACGCCAACACACUUGCCCUACAUGUAGAGCUCCAAUUCUGCCCCCGGAUAAUGGGCGUCCUGCAGUACGUCCGCAUGGAAUUCAUCCUGGAGUUCAGCCUGCUCCAGGCAAUGGUAUACCAGGUUCAGAAGGAGCAGCAGGUGAGAACGUAAUCAGGCGCCAAGCAAAACUUGAAGCAGCUGCUUCAGCUGCUUCCUUAUAUGGGAGAUCCUUUGCUUAUACUCCAGCAAACAAUUUGAAUAGGCAUUCAAAUUCUUCACAGUCUACAUCAAGUGGUGGUCCACAAUCUGGAGAAGCAAGUACUUCCAAUCAAUCACCGAAAGACCAUGCAACCGCUGGUCCUUCAGCACCUGCUUUUUAUGCACGUGGUGCUGUUGGUUCAAUGACAACUGCUAGGGAACUUGAAAAUUCACUGCAGAAGGCAUACGAGAAUGCUAUAAAGAGCCAGAUAGAGAUGUUGCAAAUCCAACUGCAAAUGUUGCAGCAUGGGGCUACUUCAUCAGCAACUAACAAUGAGAAUGGUGACCACACAAAAAGCGAUUGAGUUGUAAAUAAGGAGAAGGUGGGGGCUGGACAAACAAAGGAUAUAGAUGGUGACUUGGCAAAUACCCUUGGGGAAACUCCCAUGCCAUGCUUUAUUUCGAUUUUGGUAGGCUUGUUCAUUUGUAUGUCCAUGUUAGAGGCCUCUUAUGAGAUAUUUAUUUGCUUUAUGUGGUAAUUUGAGGAGUUUAAAUCGUCUUGCCAAGCCCAGAAAAUACCUUUGACAUAGAGAUGCAGUGUUGUAACUAUCACUAAUUUUUCAAGUUAGCUCAACUACUUGGAUAAAAAGGGACAUGAUUUUUCAAUCUGAACUAUCAGUCUUCAUUCUGUCAUUUGUGUUUGUAUGCCACAGUUGAAUUUAUACUGAAGAGACAUUCAAUGCUGAAUUCAAUAAAUGUGAAUAUGGGCUGCGUCCUUUUCU